UCUUCUUCUACCAGACGAAGGGGCGGAAACGAUACACUUCACUGUGCUAGCAGAUCUUUUGACAACAAAUCAGGACAAACCGCAAUUUUUAAUAACUGGACAAUUGCAGAGCAGAGGCUAUUGCGUUGUUCCGCUUCAGUCCGGGGUGUAACUUUAGAUUUUUUUUUUUAAUUGUAAGUCAUCGGAACCUGCUGGUCCCCAGGUCUACCUGAUGAGUAUGAGCCUGACUCCAGAACCAACCCCUAACGAUGCUCCCGCUGUCACAGAAGAGGUCAAACUGACCACACCUGAGAAGAAGGAGAAGAAGCCAGAUGACGUGGCAGAGGAAGAGGAGGAGGAGGAAGAAUACGUGGUGGAGAAGGUCCUGAAUCGGCGGGUGGUGAAGGGGAGAGUGGAGUAUCUUCUCAAGUGGAAAGGCUUCUCCAAUGAAGAUAACACGUGGGAGCCGGAGGACAACCUGGACUGUCCGGAUCUGAUCGCAGAAUAUUUGCAGUCUCAGAAAUUGGCACACGACGGAAAGAGGAAGGCGGCGGGAGACGCAGAAGGAGAUGAAAGCAAAUCGAAAAAGAAAAAAGACGAUACAGAGAAGCUAAGGGGCUUUGCUCGAGGUCUGGAACCAGAACGGAUUAUUGGCGCCACAGAUUCCACGGGAGAACUCAUGUUCCUCAUGAAAUGGAAAAACUCAGACGAGGCAGACCUGGUGCCGGCGAAGGAGGCCAACGUGAAGUGUCCACAGGUGGUCAUCUCAUUCUACGAGGAGAGACUCACUUGGCACUCGUACCCGACUGAAGACGAGAAGAAAGACGACAAAAACUAACAGAGGGCAGAAGGCGGGAGGAAAGAAUCUGUAGUUUUGAGACUUCAUUGUACUUUUGAGAGGGGGGAGGGGGGGGGGGGUGUCAGAAGAGGGGCCGAGACAAGCAAGACACCAUCUGACUCUUUGGCGUAUUAUCACUCAUUUUGAUUCCACUUUUAUCUGGAUGUAAUACUUGUAAAUAUGCUUCAGGUUUGCGAGACAAAUCCCAGCCCGACUUCAGUGUAAAAGCGCAGUGUUAAUGGACAUCAGUCAAGUUUUAAUGAUCAAUGAUACAUCACUUUCAGAAACAUCCGAUACAGUGCUCUGCCAUCUUAUUUCAGUGAGGUGAAGUUUUUUUUUAAUUCCUUAGUGUGCCAUUUUUUUUUUUAACUUGGUGCUUUUAAGGGCGUCCAUCUUUUAGCUGUUUUUCUUGGGACUUGUUUGGUGUCGGGGUUUUUGAACCCUUUUCAGUGAUUUAUUCGCUCAUUGGUAAUCUUUGUAGUGUUUUUCAUUAUACUGUCUUGCUUGUUGGUUUUUUUGGAGAAUAAACCACUUUUUGUUAC